UCCGAUCCCAUCUGACGCAGUGCCGGCCGGCGAACGCUCAUGGUUCCCGCCUAAACUCCUGUCAAAAGUGUGGCCACUCUAUAAUAAAUUUCUUUUUUAGGAAAAUAAAAAUAACCAUCAUGAGUGUGCUUUUAUUCAUUUUAAUCGCCUUAGUGGCUUAUAAAUUUUUUACACGGAAAAAUAUUCCGUUGAAAGGAAAAAGGACAGGAUUUAAGAAAGCACCGGGACCAAUACCCUUGCCUGUGAUUGGCAGUAUGCAUCUAUUAGGGAAGAGAGAAUCGCCUUUCCAAGCGUUUACUGACCUAGCGAAGAAAUAUGGAGGAAUAUUCGGAAUUAAACUAGGGAAUAGCCAGUGUCUGGUUGUAAAUAAUCUGGAACUGAUCAAGGAAGUGUUGAACCAGAAUGGAAAAUUCUUCGGAGGCAGACCAGACUUCUUGCGGUUCCAUAAAUUGUUUGCCGGUGAUCGAAAUAAUUCAUUAGCUCUCUGCGAUUGGUCAAAUCUUCAACUCCGUAGACGUAACCUCGCCCGUCGUCAUUGCGGUCCAAAACAACACACAGACAACUUCUCACGCAUCGGUUCCGUUGCUGCAUUCGAAUCUAUAGAAUUAUUACAGACACUUAAACAAAUCACCAGAACAACAGAGAGCAGCAUUAAUUUGAAACCAUUAUUAAUGAUGACUGCUAUGAAUAUGUUCACAAAUUACAUGUGCAACAUAAGAUUCGAUACUGAAACAGAUGAAGAAUUCAAAAAAGUCGUCGAUCAUUUCGAUGAAAUAUUUUGGGAGAUUAACCAAGGUUACGCUGUCGAUUUCCUGCCAUGGCUCGCUCCGUUCUACAAGAAACAUAUGGAUAAACUAUCUAAUUGGUCGCAAGAUAUCCGUUCCUUUAUACUUUCGAGGAUUGUCGAGAUGAGAGAAACGAAUAUGGACACUGAGGUACCUGAAAAGGAUUUCCUUGAUGGUUUACUAAGAGUGUUGAACGAUGACCCGAAUGUUGAUAGGAACACGAUCAUUUUCAUGUUAGAAGAUUUCUUAGGAGGUCAUUCUUCUGUUGGUAAUCUUGUUAUGUUGUGUUUAGCUGCUGUUGCUAGAGAUGCUGAUGUUGGGAAGAAAAUUAAAGCGGAAAUUGAUGGAGUAACAAAAGGUAAACGAGCUGUAACACUUUCUGAUAGAAGCAACCUACCGUAUACUGAAGCGACGAUACUGGAAUGUCUACGAUACGCGUCGUCACCGAUAGUUCCUCAUGUAGCGACUGAACCUGCUGUUAUCGCUGGUUAUGGUGUUGAAAAAGGUACAGUUGUCUUCAUAAAUAAUUACGAAUUAAAUAAAUCUGAGAAAUAUUGGAAUGAACCUGAGAAAUUUGAUCCUAGUAGAUUUUUGGAACGCAUAAAAAUGCGUGUGAGACGUAACUCACAGUGCGAUUCUGGGAUGGAAUCUGACAGCGAGAGAUCUCCGAUAAAUGAGAUAUCAGAAAAUGAGAAAGAACACUACACUCUGAAGAAGAAUAUACCGCAUUUCUUACCUUUUAGUAUCGGAAAACGAACCUGCAUUGGACAAACUUUAGUCACGACGAUGAGUUUUGUUAUGUUUGCUAAUAUUAUACAAGAAUUUGACGUCGCAGCAGAAAACAUAAAAGACCUAAGACAAAGACCAGCGUGCGUCGCGUUACCAAAGGAUACGUUUAAUUUAUAUCUCUUGCCGAGAAAGCAUUAGGUUUGCAUUGAUUUAUCCGGUCUAUUAGAAACGCUGUUCUGUGACAGAAUAUGAAAGACCUGAGCAGACACGAGACAAGGAGUUUGUGCUGAGUUUAUGCCUAUCUGGUCGUUACGUUAGUAGGACUGUUUGAAGAUAUUCACUCUAGGUGGCCAUACGGAUUCUGUUUUUAUGUCAUUUGUAACCCACCUUUGUGCAUUUGAAGUCAAUUUAGUAGUUUUUUAUUGUUUAAAAUUAGGGUAUAAAAUCAUUUCUUUUAAAUUGUUAUUUUUAUGGGAAUUGUAUUUUUUAAAUUGUCAAAAGCACAGAUAAUAACCGUAUGGCCAUAGAGUAACGCUCAAAAUAUUAUUUAUUGAUCGCUAUGAACGAUAAUUUUAACAGUUUCAACGCUGGCAACAUUCAGGUUAUGAUUGGAAGAAAUAAUUUAUACAUUUUACAUGACUGCUUUUUGUUUAGAGGAUAUCGAAUUAAUCUAUUAUACUAUAUGAUAAAAGAAGAAAGAUAUGUAUUUUUAUAUUUUUGUAUGUACUAAAAUAACUUAAAAACUACUGGACCGAUUUUAAAAAUUCUUACACCAUUAAAAAGCUACGUUAUCACUAAAUAACUUAGGUUAUAUUUUUAUUAAUAACGUGGGCGAAAUCGCGUGCAACAGGUAGUUUUAUAUACUGUUCUUAUUCCCAUGCUGGCAUGGCCUUAAAAUUAGUAAUAGAGUAAAUUGGAUCAUUUUUUAUCUAUGAAAAGUAAACACACAG